GUAGCACAGUUCAUUAGGGGCACUGCAUGGCAUGAUGUAAUGAUAUGGAAGAAGAGAAUGCUACAAAAUCCACCUUCCCUCAGCCCAGAAUACAGUCCUGUGUAACGUUACAUCACUUCCAUUCACUCGCGGGCGCCACCUAGCCGGGCGGACUGUCCUGUCGCGCAGCAUUCCAGACGUCAGCCAGAAGCGGGAAGUGACGUCAUCAGUGCGCGCCUGUGGGCCUUGUUUCGUUCUGGUGUCGGUCGCGGGACAGUGAGGAGGGAAGCGAGAGCGAAAACUUCAGGUUGACCCACUCCAAAUGGGGGAUGAAAAAGACAACUGGAAAGUGAAAACGCUGGAUGAGAUUUUGCAAGAAAAGAAAAGGAGGAAGGAGCAAGAAGAAAAAUCCGAUUCAAAACAUACAAAAAAUGCUGAUGAUCGUGAUUCCAAGAGAGAUUCCUUGGAAGAAGGGGAGUUGAGAGAUCACAGAAUGGAGAUUACGAUUAGAAAUUCUCCUUACAGACUUGAAGAUUCACUGGAAGACAGGGGCGAAGAAGAUGACUCCCUGGCUAUUAAACCUCCUCAACAAGUUUCUCGAAAAGAAAAAUCUCACCACAGAAAAGAUGAAAAAAGGAAAGAGAAACGCAGACACCGCAGCCAUUCUGCUGAAGGUUCCGGAGGUAAAUAUAUACGCGUGAAGGAGAAGGACCGAGAUCAUGAUAGACGAAAAAGACACAGAGAAGAACAAGAUAAAGUUCGCCGUGAGCGGGAGCGACAGAAGAGGAGGGAGCUAGCCAGGGAGCAUUCUAGAAGAGAACGGAAUUUUCCUCUUUCUUCCAGCGACCGUCUGGAACAGCUAGAACGUAAUCGUGAGCGUGAAAGAAAACUGAGGGAACAGCAAAAAGAACAAAGGGAACUGAAAGAGCGUCAGAGGAGAGCAGAAGAGAGGCGAAAAGGCCGGGAAGCUAGGAGAGAAGGGCUCGCAGGAUCUGCGCUUCCUGAACGAAGGAAGCCAGGGCUCUUGCAAGAGACCGAGAAAAUGCAGUACAGUGCAGAUUCAAGAAUACUUGUAGAAUUUAGCACUCAAAUAACUGCUCAUCACAGAACAGCAAGAGAGGAGCACGGGGACAAAAAUAAAGCAAAUUACCGCAGUCGCAGUCCUGCACGUCAGCAGCGGGAAAGGGUUGAGGCAGGAGAUGUAAGGAAACAAGUCAAAGAGGAAAGACCAGAUGUGAGGGAUCUUUUGUCUGACUUGCAAGACAUCAGCGACAGUGAGCGGAAAACAAGUUCUGCUGAAUCCUCCACAGCAGGGUCCGCGUCUGGGUCAGAGGAGGAAGAGGAAACCAGCUCUGAGGAGUCAGAGGAAGCUGAGGAGGAGGAGGAAGAAGAGGAGGAGGACGAGGAGGAGGAUGACACAGCAAGCAAUUCAGAGGCUGCAUCAGAACAGACUGCAGAGGAAGUCAGUGAUGAAGAGAUGAGUGAGGAAGAGGAGCGAGAGAAUGGGAAUCAUGUUCCUCUCGUCACAGAGUCCAGAUUUGAUCAUGACUCUCCCGAGAGUGAAGAGGAAGAGGAGGAGGAAGAAGAAAUUAGAAUUGCUAGCAGCCCACAUUCAAACGCUCAGACAGAUGGGGAAUAUGUCCCUAAUUCUCCAGUCAUGUCACCUGUUGAGUUAAAGCAAGAACUGCCUAAAUAUCUUCCCGCUCUACAGGGAUGCCGCAGUGUGGAGGAGUUUCAGUGUCUGAAUCGGAUCGAGGAAGGAACAUAUGGAGUGGUGUACAGAGCAAAGGACAAGAAGACAGAUGAAAUCGUUGCGCUGAAGAGGUUAAAAAUGGAAAAAGAGAAGGAAGGAUUCCCUAUAACAUCCCUCCGAGAGAUCAACACCAUAUUAAAAGCCCAGCACGAGAAUAUUGUUAGGGUCCGGGAAAUUGUUGUCGGGAGCAACAUGGACAAAAUCUACAUUGUAAUGAACUAUGUGGAGCACGAUUUGAAGAGCCUCAUGGAGACUAUGAAACAGCCUUUCCUGCCAGGUGAAGUAAAGACACUUAUGAUCCAGCUGCUAAGGGGCGUCCGUCAUCUUCACGAUAACUGGAUUCUUCACAGGGACCUCAAGACCUCCAAUCUGCUGCUCAGUCAUGCUGGUAUAUUAAAGGUUGGAGAUUUUGGUUUAGCCCGUGAAUAUGGCUCUCCCCUCAAGCCUUAUACUCCCAUUGUGGUCACAUUGUGGUAUCGAGCUCCAGAACUUCUGCUUGGUGCUAAGGAAUACUCCACCGCCAUAGAUAUGUGGUCAGUGGGCUGUAUAUUUGGGGAGCUUCUGACCCAAAAGCCUCUCUUCCCAGGAAAAUCUGAGAUUGAUCAGAUCAACAAGAUAUUUAAGGAUCUUGGAACCCCAAGUGAGAAGAUCUGGCCUGGUUACAAUGAGCUUCCAGCUAUAAAGAAAAUGACCUUUUCCGAAUAUCCUUACAACAACCUCCGGAAGAGAUUUGGAGCUUUGCUCUCAGACCAAGGAUUUGACCUCAUGAACAAGUUCUUGACCUACUGUCCCGCAAAAAGAAUUACUGCAGAAGAUGGCUUAAAGCAUGAAUAUUUUGGUGAGACCCCCCUGCCAAUCGACCCAUCCAUGUUCCCCACCUGGCCAGCGAAGAGUGAACAGCAGAGAGUGAAACGUGGCACCAGCCCUCGCCCCCCAGAGGGAGGACUUGGUUACAGUCAAUUGGGGGAUGAUGAUCUCAAGGACACCGGUUUUCACCUAACCACCACCAAUCAGGGGGCGUCUGCAGCGGGGCCUGGAUUCAGCCUUAAGUUCUAAGUGUUCUAAGAGACUGAAAACACGAUACUGAGGACAAUGGUUCAGGCCCCAGCGGAGCAGCACCCUAUACUGUAGCAGCUGUGACCACCACCCCAUCAUAACACAAAUGUGUCAUUCCAGAGGAGGACCUUGAAACUUAAGCAGGGACUGACGUCUUUGACGUAUUUAUUUUUCUCUAUUGUAUAUUUGUAGAAUUAAAAGGCAAUUUUUAAUUUGCUUUGGUUUC